GGGUACUUCCGAUUCCCCUUGGUGAAGGCUCCCGAAGCUCCGCGACUGAGGGAGGGAGACCCUCGUGUUCCGUGUGCUGCGCUGUGACCCGCUGCCGGGAGCUGUGAGGAGAGCCCGGCGAGCUGGGAAUCCGCCAUGGAUGCAGUGACCUAUGAGGAUGUGCAUGUGAACUUCACUCAUGAAGAGUGGGCUUUGCUGGAUCCUUCCCAGAAGAGUCUCUACAAAGAUGUGAUGCUGGAAACCUACUGGAACCUCACUUCUAUAGGUUACAAAUGGGAAGACCAUAAUAUUGAAGAACAUUGUCAGAGCUGUAGAAGAAAUGGAAGGUGUGUCAUCUGUCACUCUGGAUACAAGGCAUGUGAGCAUAAGGGACAUGGAAAGAAGCAUGGUACUUCUGUCUCUCUCAGAACAAGUGGAAGAUAUGUAGUAGUUCCCACUAUGAGAAGACUUGAUGACUGUGAUACAAGUUUACAAUUAACUGGUUUUCCAACUUCAGUGGCAAUUGAUCAACAAACUCUCAUUGGAGAAAAUGAGUACCAGGAAUAUGGAAAUUCAUCUCUCUCUUCUGGUUUAAUAUGCACAUGUAGUGUGGCUCACAGUAUAAGAAAAUGUUAUAAAUGCAAUCGGUGUGGUCCAACUCUGAGUUAUUCAAGUUCUCUUCAAAGAGGUGAAAAACCUCAUGUGUUAAGAGAAAAUAAUAAAUGUGAGUCAUCUACUAAAGGCUUUAGCCAUUAUAGGCAUCUUCAAACACACCAAACAUCCAAUAAUGAAGAGAAUCUCUAUGAAUAUAAUCAAUGUGAUAAAGCCUUUAGAUGUGAUUGGUCUUUAAAACACCAAAGAACUCAUUUGGAAGGAAAACCCUGUGAGUAUAAUCAAAGAUAUAAAGGCUUUCCAUGUCACAGUCUUCAUCAAGUACAUAGAAUUCAAACUAGUGAUAAAAGGUAUGAAUCUCAGCAAUGUGAUAAAGCCUUUGCAUGUCCCAUAAUACAUAAUAGAAGUUACACUGGAAAGAAACUCUAUAAAUGUAAUCAGUGUGGUAAAGCCUUUGCAGAGAAGAGAACCCUUCACAGUCAUGAAAGAUUUCAUACUGGAGAGAAACCCUAUAAAUGUAAUGAAUGUGGUAAAGCCUUUAGAGGGAAGAAUAGUCUUCUCAGUCAUGAAAGAAUUCAUACAGAAGAGAAACCCCAUGAAUGUAAUCAAUGUGGUAAAGCUUUUGCAUAUAACAGUCAUCUUCUCAAUCACUUAAAAAGUCAUACUGGAGAGAAACCUCAUGAAUGUAAUCAAUGUGGUAAAGCGUUUGCACAGAUGCGUGAUCUUCACAGACAUGAAAUAAUUCAUACUGGAGAGAAACCCUAUGAAUGUAAUCAAUGUUCCAAAGCCUUUGUACAGAAGAGUGAUCUUCACAGACAUGAAAGAAUUCAUACGGGAGAGAAACCCUUUGAAUGUAGUCAAUGUGGUCAAGCCUUUGUACAGAAGAAUGUUCUUCACAGACAUGAAAUAAUUCAUACUGGAGAGAAACCCUAUGAAUGUAAUCAAUGUGGAAAAACCUUUGCAGAGAAGAGAAGUCUUCAGAGUCAUGAAAGAUUUCACACUGGAGAGAAACCCUAUAAAUGUAAUCGAUGUGGUAAAGCCUUUAGAGGGAAGAAUAGUCUUCUCUGUCAUGAAAGAAUUCAUACUGGAGAGAAACCCUAUCAAUGUCAUGAGUGUGGUAAAGCCUUUGCACGAAAGAGUUAUCUUCUCAGUCAUGAAAGAAUUCAUACUGGAGAGAAACCGUAUGCAUGUAAUCAAUGUGGUAAAGCCUUUCCAUAUAAUAGUCGUCUUCUCACUCACUUAAAAACUCAUACUGGAGAGAAACCUUAUGAAUGUAAUGAAUGUGGCAAACUCUUUGCACAGAAGAGUCAUCUUCUCAGUCAUGAAAGAAUUCAUACUGGAGAGAAACCCUAUGAAUGUAAUCAAUGUGGUAAAGCCUUUGCAGAGAAGAGUCAUCUUCUCAGUCAUGAAAGAAUUCAUAAUGGUGAGAAACCCUAUGAAUGUAAUCAGUGUGGUAAAGCCUUUGCACAGAAGAGUCAUCUUCGUAGACAUGAAAGUCUUCAUACUGGAAAGAAACCCUAUGAAUGUAUUCAAUGUGGUAAAGCCUUUGCACGGAGGAGUAGUCUUCAAAGUCAUGAAAGAAUUCAUAAUGGAGAGAAACCCUAUAAAUGUAAUCAAUGUGGUAAAGCCUUUGCAGAGAAGAGAAAUUUUCACAGACAUGAAAUAAUUCAUACUGGAGAGAAACCCUAUGAAUGUAAUCAGUGUGGUAAAGCCUUUACAGAGAAGAGAAGUCUUCAUAGUCAUGAAAGAAUUCAUACUUGGAAAGAAACUCUGUGAAUGUAUUGAAUAUGGUAAUACCGUUGCACAGAAGAGUCAUCACAGUCAUGAAAAAAUUCAUACUGGACAGUACCGUAUGGAUGUAAUCGAUGUGGUAAUUUCAGAUGUGAUCUGCCAUGUGGUUGAUGGAAACCGAAUGUCUACAAAACGUACUUGCUGGAGUCCAGCUCCAUAGGGGUUCAGGUCCCUAAGAGGAGAUGAGGCAUUAGCAAAGGAAAGAGACUGCCACGAUCUUAGCGUGAAUCAGCAUGCUGCUUUAUUGAAUAAGGACUAUACCCUUUAUACUUUAUAACUGAAUCUCAGUUUAGACUAAAGCAAGGUUAAAAACAGACUUGAUGAUUCCAGGAUAAAAGCAGCUAUCAACUUCAUCACAGCAUUUUUCUUGAGGCAAAAGUGAUAAAUUCAGCAAGUAUCUAAAUGCCUUUGUGGAUGUGCGCUCAUUGUUUCCUUCCAGUGUGCUUUCAUCCUUGGAACUAGGUAUGCCCAGUUAGUAAAUCAUUAAGUUCUCUAUUCUUGGUGUACUCAGGGGAUACAAUGGGGUUCUUAUGUGAGAGUAGGCAUAGUUAUCAUGCUAUAUGGUUCCAUGGUGGUGGGGAUUUUUUCCAAGAAUUUUGUUUCAAGGACUGCCUAUGUAUACAUUCUCAUCUUCCACUGUAGCUCACAAAAAAAAUUCCCACAGUAAAAGGGAUAAGGAGACUUCAUCACAUAUGGUGAGAAUUGUUAAAACUCAAAUAAAAAGAUGUCGGGGAAUUAAGAUCUGCAAUGUCAAAAUGCUGUGGGAUGUUCUGUAUGGCAAAUGUGUUGCUAAUUAGUCAAUAAAUAAAACACUGAUUGGCCAUUGGCUAGGCAGGAAGUGUAGGCGGGACAAGGAGGAGAAUAAAGCUGGGAAGUGGAAGGCUGAGUCAGAGAGACACUGCCAGCCACCACGAUGACAAACAGCAUGUGAAGAUGCCGGUAAGCCACAAGCCAUGUGGCAAGGUAUAGAUUAAUGGAAAUGGAUUAAUUUAAGCUAUAAGAACAGUUAGCAAGACGCCUGCCAUGGCCA